CUCCCGUCGUGUCCCGCGUGCGCCCGCCCUGACUGCGGCACCGGGGGCUGAGGUGGGCACCGGGCACCGACCGCAGCUCCCCCCGCCCGGACCCCCGUCCGGCCCCGGCACCGAUCCCGGGGAGCGGCGCGAUGGGCGGGGAGGACGAGAUCGUGCGCAUUGCCAGGCGCCUGGACAAGAUGGUGGCCAAGAAGAACGCGGAAGGUGCAAUGGAUUUACUGAAAGAACUGAAAAGUAUGCCUAUGACUUUGGAUUUACUGCAGUCCACCCGCAUUGGGAUGUCGGUGAACGCACUGAGGAAGCAGAGCACAGAUGAAGAGGUGAUAUCACUUGCCAAAUCCCUCAUCAAAUCUUGGAAGAAACUUCUAGAUGCUUCUGAGGAAAAAAAUGAGGAGAAAAAGAAAAGCCUGUCUUUGCCAACAUCUUCCUCCAGGGAGACUGGUAACUCAAAAGACCAAAGCUCCAACAAAAGGCAGGAGCCUCCAAAGACUCCGACCACCCCUAAAAUCACCACCUUCCCUCCGGCCCCCAUCACCUGCGACGCUGUGCGCAACAAAUGCAGGGAGAUGCUGACAGCAGCUCUUCAGGCUGAUGACGACUACAUCGCCAUUGGUGCCGACUGCGAGCACAUAGCAGCCCAGAUUGAAGAGUGCAUCUACCAGGAUGUCAAGAACACCGACAUGAAAUACAAAAACCGCGUGAGGAGCCGCAUCUCCAACCUGAAGGACUCCAAAAAUCCAGAGCUGAAAAAGAAUGUGCUGUGUGGGGCCAUCACCCCCGAGCAAAUCGCGGUGAUGACCUCGGAGGAAAUGGCCAGUAAUGAACUGAAAGAGAUCAGGAAAGCCAUGACAAAAGAAGCAAUCCGGGAGCAUCAGAUGGCCAAGACAGGAGGGACACAGACUGACCUCUUCACCUGCGGGAAAUGCAAGAAGAAGAACUGCACCUACACCCAGGUGCAGACUCGCAGCUCUGAUGAGCCCAUGACCACGUUUGUCGUGUGCAAUGAGUGUGGGAAUCGCUGGAAGUUCUGCUGACAUGUGCCAUGGCCCAAGAGCGGCAGCCAAACGCAGACCUGAGCGCAGCCUCCACACGCCGGCUCCCACGGCAGUUGUGUUUUGUGUCCCAGUGAGUUUGCAUUGUCACACGCUGAGAGCAGCAGUGGGGAGGCCUGAGCCUCGCAGAGAGCCACAGCCCUGGGCUGACAGGCUGGCAGGAGAGCUCACUAAACACACCCAGUCAUUUCUUUCUCAUCUAAGCAAGUACAGUCACUUUCUCUUCAAAACUAAUAUUAAACAUUUUUGUCAGUUUCUGACUUUUAUUUCAA